GAGAGGACGGUUCAGGUGACGAUUUCAUCCUCGCAAACAAAAUAAACCCCAGCGGUGUGUGGAAUUCCCCCGUUUCUGAGGAUUUUAUGGUCAACUCGGAAGCUCACAGUCUAGACGCCUCCCCUCACGCAAAUGCCACGGGUGUGUCUCCGAACCAAAGAGACGAUGCAAUCGUACAGCACCACAUUGAUGAUGCGUACAGAACGGUCGAGUUCUCCCAGUGUUCCGCGAACCACAUCGUUCCGCCAGCGGCCGAUCACAGAGGCGACGGUGCGGCCGAGAGAAGCUCGCGCUGCCCUCAGUGCGGAAAGACAUUCACGACGCGCUUCUACCUGAAGAUCCACCAAAGGAUCCACACGGGAGAGAGACCGUACACCUGCCCUCAGUGCAGCAAACGCUUCUAUUGCAACUCACACCUGAUUUCACACCAGCGCUCGCACACCGGAGAGAAACCAUACAGUUGCGAAGAAUGCGGCAAGUCUUAUUCGCACUUAAACUCCCUUAAACUGCACCAGCGAAGCCACACCGAAGAGGAGGUGUACGGGUACUGGUAGCCCCACGACAAACCGAAUCGACUUUUAAUUACGUGCAGGAUGUGAAUCGGGCCUCUAGAUGUCAACAAUUCAAUUUACAGCAGUUAAAAUGGUAAUUCUUGGUAUCACGAAUGGAUCCACGACUAGUAAAAGUGCUACAUUUUGACUUCUAAUGUACGGAAUUAAUUCUAAUAAAUAGGAGUUUAUUAAAUAGGAGUGAUUGACGGGUCAUUGUGAACUUUUACUAGAUUCUUUCUGAUAUCAAGAAUGAGCGAUUUAACUAGUAAAAAUGGAAUUUGUGAUAUCUAUAAUUCCUUUAUCCUGCACGUCAUCACGUGUGGAAACGGCGUCAAAACGCAAUUAUUGGCGUAUAAAAUCGUACUAGUUGAAACUGCAAAUACGCAUAUCAGCAAUGCACUUCUUACUACAAUGCACUUCAAUGCACUUCUUACUACGACAAUUAAUAUCGAUUAUUGCAUUGUUGCUAGCACAAAUAUUCAUUCCUGAUAUCAACAAUUGAAAUACAACUUGUGAAAACGGCUUUAUUAGUAUUUACGAUCACAUAUCUCAAUACUGACGUCUGAAAUUAGCAUCGCCACUUAUCAAAACCAAAUUACAGAUAUCCAAAAAUAGCUUUUUUAAUAGUUGUAAUUCAAUCGUUGACAUCAGGAAUGGAUGUUUUUACUAGUAAAAACGUAAUAAUUAAUAUUAGAAAUUAUGUUUUUUACCCAUUGGUGAAAUUUCACAUUGGAAUUUCUACUAGAAUAAAAUUAUUUAUAGAUAUUUGUAUUUUAAAUAUUAAAUAACGUAAAUAACAUAUUGUGAAAUUCUACUAGUGACGUUUUUUUUUUCGCUAUUUGAAAUUCCACGAGUGCGUUUCUGCGAGUAAUUGGGUCAUUUUCGGCUACACUGAAGAGGAGGUCAAUUUACAGCAGUUAAAAUGGUAAUUCUCGGUAUCAUGAAUGGAUCCACGACUAGUUAAAGUGCUACAUUUUGACUUAAGUAAUUACAUUAAUCAAUUUCUAGAUAUCUGGAAUGCCGAAUCGGACAUGUUGAAAUACAUUUAGAGAUCACAAAUGAGAUUUUUCGUUCGUUUUUUUAUAUCAAAUAUAAUCGUUUUUUGUCAAAAAUGGCUAUUUUGUACUUGUAACAAUGAAAUUAACGAUAUAUAUAAUAUAAUUGUUACUAUUAAGACUUCGCUAAUAUGUGCAUUUGGAAUUCUAAUGUACAGAAUUAAUUCUAAUAAUCCGUAAUUGCAUUUAUUAAAUAGGAGUGAUUGACGGGUCAUUGUGAACUUUUACUAGAGAAUUUGUUUGAUUUUUUUUAAUACCGCGUUUACUAGUUAAAAUUCCAUUUAUUUCUGUAUUUCUGUGAGUUUUUACAUUUUAAUGAUGAAUUCACAUUUUUACUAGUGCAAAUAUAAUUAGUGAAAUAAAAGAAUUGCACAUUCGUUAAUAGUUAUUCCAUUCCUGAUAUCAAGAAUGAGCGAUUUAACUAGUAAAAAUUUAAUUUGUGAUAUCUAUAAUUCCUUUAUCCUGCACGUGAUCACGUGUGGAAACGGCGUCAAAACGCAAUUAUUAAUAUCUAAAAUCGUACUAGUUGAAAUUGCAAAUACGCAUAUCAGCAAUGCACUUCUUACUAGUAAAAAUGACAAUUAAUAUCGAUUAUUGCAUUGUUGCUAGCACAAAUAUUCAUUCCUGAUAUCAACAAUUGAAAUACAACUUGUGAAAACGGCUUUAUUAGUAUUUACGAUCACAUAUCUCAAUACUGACGUCUGAAAUUAGCAUCGCCACUUAUCAAAUCCAAAUUACAGAUAUCCAAAAAUUGAUUUUUUAUAUUAUUAUUUUUUAAUAAUUGAUAUUAGAAAUGAUGUUUUUUACCCGUUGGUGAAAUUUCACAUUGGAAUUUCUAAAUAUAUAAAAUUAUUUAUAGAUAUUUGUAUUUUGAACAUAAAUAACAUAUUGUGAAAUUCUACUAGUGACGUUUCUGCGAGUAAUUAGGUCAGUUUUUUAUAUUCAAAAAUGACCGUUUUUACUAAUGCAAAUGUAAUUAAAAUGAGCACUUUCACUAAUAGUAAUUCCAUUCCUGAUUUCAAGCAUCUGCAUUUUCACUAGUAAAAAUUCUAUAAUUAAUAUCCUGCACGUGAUUAAAUGUCGAAAGGGUUUGCAACAGUUGCCCUUAUUUAAACCAGUCGCACAAUUUUCACUGCAAGACGGAGUUUGUUUAUUUGCAUAAAACACAUUUGAUAUUGAUACAUUAUUAGAUACAAUAUGUUCUAAAAAUAGAGUUUUUCAUGCCUGAUAAUGUAACAUUGCUGUCUGGUUGAUUCUGCACCUGGUUAUUGAAAUUAUUUCAGUUUUGAAAUUUCACUUUUAUUUCUAUAUUCACAUUUUAAACAUUAGUAGUUGCAUAUAACAUUUGAUAUAUUUUCUUUUAUAUGCAUAUCAAAUAAUUGUAUAGCUUCUGGAAGGAGGAUGGGUGCUAACUUUGUUACUUUUUAUUUAUUACUGUUAUUGUUUUUGCUACUUUUACAUUUUGUAAUUGAUCAUUAAAA